GAAAAAUAAAAAGUUAACUAGAGUUAUGGGACUCUCAGCUUCCAAGCGAGUUAGCAACUCACUCAAAAACUCAUCCGAGUUCAACUCAGCAUGUGACUCAGUCUACAAUGAUUGUCUCUCUUUAUCACAACACGCCUUCCCUGGAGUCAAACCCUACCAACUCUUCUCCGCCACAGAACGCCUCCACGUGUCACUCUGUCCCACCGUCCCUCUCAUAACCAAUUGGGUCAAAUCGCCCCCGACCCGAUUACAAGUGGAUAAGGCCUUGAGAAUCGUGUGUAAGGAGAAGAAGGAAGGUGAGAUUGUGCUAGGGAAUAAUGAGUUUAAGGAGUUUGCGGUUGAGGUGUUUAAAGAUGCCGUCGUUUUAAGUGCGGGGAAAGAGUUAAUGAAGAGGGUUCCGGUGGGUGCUUUAGGGAUUGCUGGUGUUGGUGCGGUGGUGAAGCCUGGCAAAGAAUUGAUUGUUGCGGCGAUUGGUGCUUACGCGCUUGGUGUUGCCACUUCGGUAUACGUCAGCUUGGCUUGAUUAUCUCAUUAUAGUAUAUUUUUGGCUUAGUACAUAGAUGGAUGGAGUAUUUCAUUUAGACACUCAAAUUAAAUUAUGUUUCAAU